AUGGCUCUGUUCGAGGAGGAAAUGGAUACCAGUCCAAUGGUCUCCUCUCUGCUCAGCAGUCUUGCCAACUACUCAAACCUGCCAACGGGCAGCAAAGAGCACGAAGAGGCCGAGAAUAACGAGGAGGGGGCUCGUCCGUCUAAAAAACCUGUCAAGGCUCCACAGCUGGGUACUCUGAUAGGUGUGUACUUGCCGUGUAUCCAGAACAUUUUCGGGGUGAUCCUCUUCCUGCGGAUGACCUGGAUGGUCGGGGUUGGAGGCGUCUUUGGCUCCUUUAUAAUUGUCUUCAUGUGUUGCUCCACAACAAUGCUCACAGCCAUCUCCAUGAGUGCCAUCGCAACAAAUGGAGUCGUACCAGCUGGAGGUUCGUAUUACAUGAUCUCUCGCUCUUUGGGGCCAGAGUUUGGUGGAGCUGUCGGGAUCUGCUUCUACUUAGGCACCACUUUUGCUGGUGCCAUGUACAUUCUUGGCUGUAUUGAAAUUCUGCUGAUUUACAUCGUUCCUCAGGCAGCCAUCUUUAAGAUUGAGGGCCUGGAGGGGCCUGAGGCCGAGGAGGCUCUCCUCAACAACAUGCGGGUGUACGGCACCAUCGUGCUGAGCUUAAUGUCACUGUUAGUGUUUGUGGGGGUCAAAUAUGUGAACAAGCUGGCCCUCGUCUUCCUGGCUUGUGUCAUCCUCUCCAUCGUGGCUGUUUAUGCCGGAGUCAUCAAGACAGCUAUUGACCCCCCCGUCUUCCCCGUCUGCCUCCUGGGAAAUCGAACUCUCAUGUCUAAAGGAUAUGACAUCUGUGCCAAAGUCAUGGAUAUAGACAAUGAAACUGUCACCACCAAACUGUGGAGAACCUUCUGUGAUUCUGACAGCCUCAAUGCCACUUGUGACGAAUACUUUAACAACAACAACGUGACAGAGAUACAGGGCAUCCCAGGGGUCACCAGUGGCAUCCUGGCAGAAAACCUGUUUGGUAACUACCUGGAAAAAGGGAUGUUCCUGGAGAAGCGAGGGAUUGCAUCCGAAGCCGAUCCAGACAGUCCUCCACCUGGCUCCAACCGUUACGUCCUGGCUGACAUUACCAGCUUCUUCACCCUGCUGGUCGGGAUAUACUUCCCAUCUGUCACAGGUAUCAUGGCGGGCUCCAACCGCUCCGGAGACCUGCGUGAUGCUCAAAAGUCCAUCCCCAUUGGCACGAUUGCAGCGAUCACCACCACCUCUAUUGUGUACAUGUCCACUGUGAUCCUGUUUGGUGCCUGUAUAGAAGGAGUAGUCCUAAGGGACAAGUUCGGUGAAGGGGUCAAUGGUAACCUGGUGAUUGGGACUCUGGCAUGGCCGUCUCCCUGGGUCAUUGUGUUUGGCUCCUUCUUUUCCACUUGCGGAGCGGGACUCCAGAGUCUGACUGGAGCUCCACGUCUCCUGCAGGCUAUCUCUCGGGACGGCAUCAUUCCAUUUCUUAGAGUGUUUGGGCACGGCAAGGCCAACGGGGAGCCCACCUGGGCCCUUCUGCUAACAACUAGCAUCUGUGAGAUCGGCAUCCUCAUCGCCUCCCUGGAUGCAGUCGCGCCUAUCCUCUCUAUGUUCUUCUUGAUGUGCUACAUGUUUGUCAACCUUGCCUGCGCCCUGCAGACUUUGCUAAGGACCCCAAACUGGAGGCCACGCUUUAAAUUCUACCACUGGGCUCUGUCUUUCUUGGGUAUGAGCUUGUGCCUGUCGCUCAUGUUCAUCUGUUCCUGGUAUUACGCCAUGGUCGCCAUGGGCAUCGCCACCUGCAUCUACAAAUACAUUGAGUUCUGCGGAGCGGAGAAGGAGUGGGGUGAUGGGAUACGUGGCAUCUCUCUCAGUGCUGCACGCUUCGCCCUCAUGAGGCUGGAGGAAGGACCGCCACACACCAAGAACUGGAGGCCUCAGAUGCUGGUUCUAGUGAGCGUGGAUGCUGAGCAGAACGUAGAGCAGCCUCGUCUGCUCUCUCUGACCAAUCAGCUAAAGGCAGGGAAGGGUCUGACUAUUGUUGGCACCUCAGUUAAAGGAACCUUCCUCGACAACUUCACUGAGGCCCAGAGGGCAGAUCAGUCGCUGCGUAAGUUGAUGGAGAUGGAGAAGGUGAAGGGUUUCUCUCAGGUGGUCAUCUCCUCCAAUCUGAGAGAUGGGACGUCCCACCUGAUUCAAGUUGGUGGACUGGGAGGUCUGAAGCACAACUCUGUGAUGGUCAGCUGGCCCCGAAACUGGAAACAGCCAGAAUGCCACGAGCAGUUCAGGAACUUUAUUGAGGUGGUUAGAGAGACAACUGUAGCCAGUCUGGCCUUGUUGGUUCCUAAGAAUAUCGCCAGCUACCCGUCCAAUGGAGAGCGCUUCACUGAAGGACACAUAGAUGUGUGGUGGAUUGUCCAUGACGGAGGCAUGUUGAUGCUCCUGCCCUUCCUGCUGAGACAGCAUAAGGUGUGGAGGAAGUGCAAGAUGCGCAUUUUCACUGUGGCUCAAAUGGAUGACAAUAGUAUUCAGAUGAAGAAAGACCUCAUCACCUUCCUCUAUCACCUGCGCAUUGAUGCUGUGGUGGAAGUGGUGGAGAUGCAUGACGGUGACAUCUCGGCCUACACCUAUGAGAAGACAUUGGUAAUGGAACAACGAUCACAGAUCCUCAAACAGAUGCAUUUGACCAAGAAUGAGAAGGAGAGAGAGAUCCAGAGCAUUACGGAUAUAUCCCGUGGGUCCAUUCGACGUAAAAACCCAUCGGCCUUGCGCUCGCAGCACAGCGCUGAUGAAGGAGCCAGCGUUGCAGAACAAACAGAAGACCAGGUGCAGCUGAUCCACAGUAAGAACCCCUCCACACCAGCCAGCCCCACAAGCCCCACAAGCCCCACAAGCCCCACGUCUCCCGCUGUGCCUGCAGGGGGCGCCACAACCUGGACGGACUACAAGGGGGCAGAGAAGGGGAAGAGCCCUUCAGAAGGGAACCCAGAGGCGGGCAGAGACCCCUUCAACAUGAAGCCGAGCCAGAUUGACGUGAGGCGCAUGCACACGGCGAUGAGGCUCAAUGAGGUCAUCAUGAAGAAGUCAAAGGAGGCAAAACUCGUCCUGCUCAACAUGCCGGGUCCACCCAAGAACCGUAAUAACAGGACUAACCCCAUGGAGAAUGCUGUAUACAAGGACUAUCCUAUUUUUACAGACAUACAGGUUAUAAUAUUUCUCGGCUUUGGGUGCCUAUUUGCAUUUUUUCGACUCUAUGGCUUCGGUGGGAUGGUUUUUAACCUUCUAACUGCUGCUUUUUCAAUCCAGUGGGCUAUUCUGGUGCAGGGUUACUUCCAGUUCAGCCAUGAUGGUAAGAUCCACCUUGGAGUGAUUAACCUCAUAUAUGCAGAGUUUGCCUGUGCAGUGGUGCUGAUAUCUUUCGGGGCAGUGCUGGGGAAGACGAGCCCGCUGCAGCUGCUGAUCAUGGCUCUGCUUGAAGUGCCAGUGUUCGCGGUCACAGAAUGGGCUGUGCUCAAGUAUCUGAAGAUAAAUGACUCAGGAGGAUCCAUUCUUAUUCACCUGUUUGCAUGUUAUUUCGGCCUGGGUGUCACUUUUGUGCUGUACAGACCUCACCUGAAUGAAGGCCAUGCAAAGGCGAACACCAGCUACCAGUCUGAUAUCCUGUCUUUGAUCGGGACUUUGUUCCUCUGGGUUUUUUGGCCUUCAUUCAACUCAUCACUGACACUGAAAGGAGACGACCAGCAUAGAGCCAUCCUGCACACCUUCAUCGGCCUCAGUGCCUCCACGCUCACAGCCUUCGCUCUCUCUGCCAUGCUGAACAAAAAUGGCAAGAUCACCAUAUCCGACAUUCAGAAUGUGACCCUGGCUGGAGGGGUGACAGUGGGGGCGUCUGUGGAUAUGAUGAUAACUCCUGCAGCUGCAUAUGCUCUGGGUAUGAUGGGCUGCACUGCAUGCAUGCUGGGCUACAAAUACUUGAGCCCCUUCCUGGCCCAGCGUUUCAGGAUCCAGGAUCAGUGUGGAAUACAUAAUCUUCACGGUUUGACAGGACUUAUAUCCUGUGCUGCAGGGAUAUGUGCUAUUCUGAUGGCUGAUGAGGAGAUGUAUGGACCCAGUUUGUAUGAGAUAUUUUCCCACAGAGCACCAGUAGAGGGAGACCCUAAACUGCACGAGCUCCAGAUUUUGAUCCCUGGUUUACAGCCAGGGUUGGGGAGGACUGCCCGGGAACAGGCUCUCUUCCAGGUCGCAGCUGUGUUCUCCACUAUAGGAGUGUCAACGCUGGGAGGCAUCCUCACAGGCUUUGUCUUGAAGCUGCCGUACCUCGCACCACCAUCCGAUGUCUUCUGUUUUGAUGAUCAGCUGUUUUUUGAAGUUCCUCCAGACUAUGAUUCACCACUAAAACUCAACAACAUAAUGACAACAGAUGAUUCUGCUGCCUGACAUGGAUCUGACAUGUAUAGUAUGGGCAGGGUCGGCUUCAUGGGGGGUCAUUCGCGGGCCAUGCCCCCCCAAACGAGUCACUGUGCACCCCAAACGCAGGGCAGGCAAGCCCUGCCACUUUGCCGUUUUUUUGUUUUGUUAUCAUACAAUGAAGUGAAAACGUUUCCACAAAAUGUUUUUGUGUGUGAAAUAAA